GUUCGAUCUUUCACAUCAGUUCCACGUGUCAGUAUAAUAUAGCAAGACCAAAUUCUUCUCAUAAACACGGACUGCACCAGAACAACCUACCGCUUAUGAAGUGGCAUUAGCCGGUGAUUUCACACCCUCUGGUGGGCAAAUAUAUAAUUCAACUCUCAAUUCAAUAUCCCGCGUUACAAAAGAGCAAUUUAGAUGUCGUACCAGAACAGAAUGUGAUACUUACUUCAGUCACCUUUGCUUUAUAUCUCUCCAAUAUAUAUACACAAAUCCGUCCAUAAAUUCUGCUAUAAUUUUCACUUUGAUACUUCAAAAUUCUCUGCAAAUUUUCUUGUCGUAAAGUUGAAGAAGAGAGAGAAAAAUGAGUAGAGGAAACGAUCCGAAUCCGUUUGACGAAGAGGAGCCUGAAGUCAAUCCUUUUUCAAAUGGUGGCUCUGCGCCUGCAUCUAAAUCACGCUUUCCUCAAAUGAUUGCUAGUAGUCUUGGUUUUGGUCAAAAGCAUGAUGCAACUAUUGACAUCCCAUUGGAUUCUACGAAUGGUUCCAAUAAAAAGCAAAAAGAAUUAGCAAAUUGGGAAGCAGAUCUGCAAAGGAGAGAAAGAGAUAUUAAACGAAGAGAAGAUGCUGUUGCUGGCGCUGGUGUGCCAACUGAUGAUAGGAAUUGGCCUCCCUUUUUCCCAAUUAUUCAUCAUGAUAUAGCAAAUGAAAUACCAGCUCAUUCUCGGAAGCUGCAGUAUUUGGCAUUUGCGAGUUGGUUAGGUA